GUUAGUAGGGUGAUAAUAUAGUGAAUUGGCCAUGUUUAAGUAAUCCUAGAGGUUCCAAUCCAAGAACAACUUUCACAGUAAUUCCUGAAGAGGACUCUGUAAUCUACUCUUAAUACGAUCGCUCAGUUUUUACAGCGAGUUAAUUUUAUUAGAAUCCAGAGACUUAAGUAUUCGACUCUAAGUAAUGUAGAGAUAAACUGUUAUAUUGGGAAAUACAAUUAGUGGAAAUAAUAAACUCUAAAUUUUGAAUGUUUACAUUUCUAAAUUACUUUCUUCACAUUCAAUAAAGUAAUAAGAUAAUUAUAAUAAGACUAACAAAUACAAGAAGUAAUGCAUAUGAAGUAUCUUUAACAAAUAUUAAUCCUGAAUUAAGUUGUUAUUGUGAAUGGUAAUUAGAGGCAGACAAGUUACCAAUUUGUUCUGGGGAUAAAAUUGAUGUAAAAUGACUUG